CAGUGAGGCGGAAGUGACUGGAACCAACGGAAGGAACUUUCAGCAGCGUAUAAGUAUUUUAAUGUUUACAACGCAAGUAAAGCCCAGGAGUUGUGGUUAAAUUGUAUCAGCUCUGUGCUAUGGCGAUCCUUUUCGCUGUGGUAGCUCGUGGAACUACCAUACUUGCCAAACAUGCUUGGUGUGGAGGAAACUUUCUUGAGGUGACAGAGCAAAUUUUGGCGAAGAUUCCAUCUGAAAACAACAAAUUAACCUACUCGCAUGGCAGCUAUCUUUUCCACUACAUCUGUCAUGACCGAAUUAUCUAUUUAUGCAUCACAGAUGACGACUUUGAGCGAUCACGUGCCUUCAGCUUCCUUAACGAAGUCAAGAAACGUUUCCAGACCACCUAUGGCUCUCGGGCUCAGACAGCUUUACCCUAUGCCAUGAACAGCGAGUUCUCCAGCACUCUUGCUGCACAAAUGAAGUACCACUCAGAUCCAAGAGGCUCAGAUCGACUGACAGAGACACAGAUGCAGGUGGAUGACUUGAAAGGCAUUAUGGUCCGGAAUAUUGAUCUCGUGGCACAGAGAGGAGAGAAGCUGGAACUUCUUAUUGACAAGACUGAGAACUUGGUGGACUCAUCAGUCACCUUCAAAACAACGAGUCGCAACCUAGCUCGCGCCAUGUGUAUGAAGAACCUGAAAAUGACAAUCAUCAUCAUAAUUGUAUCGCUCGUGGUCCUGUACAUCAUAGUAACAGCUGCAUGCGGAGGCGUGACUUGGCCCAACUGCCGGAGCAAGUAGGACGCGAAGUUGGGGCUUCAUCCUUCACACUGUCUGACCCGGAAGGGAAAUAAAUCACUCACUCAAGAACGUUAUGCCAUCUGCACAUUUUAUCAGGUGUUCCAGGUGCAUUUUCUGUUUAGCCUGGCUCUCUCAGCUGCAGGCUUCUUAAGAAUAACUGAGUAGCUUUACACACAGAGGACUCAGGAGAGUCUGAAAAUGAAACGCACUCUUUCCAAGUCCUCCAUCUGAGCAGGAUUCCCUGAGUGUUCAGCUCGAUUCAGCACGUUUGUGGGUGUGAUUUGUCUCUGAAACAUUUUCUUUUAUCUGAUGUUGUGAAGCAUUUAUGUUGGUAAGGAAAAUGUAUGUCAAGUUCUAACAUGAAAUCUUUGGUAACAAGGCACAUUUUUAUGUACAUGCAUUUGUGCAAAAUCAGCACAUUGCAUGUGAGGUGAAAUUGAUUUUUCACUGCACUUGAUCACAACUUACUGCUAGUACUGCUCAGUAGCCUAAUGCAUAGAACAUUGUUCAAAAUUCAUCCUGGAUAUUAAAAAAUAAAUGAUGUUUGGUAUAUUACAUUUGUGUAGAUGACAUAUUACAGUGUAUUGUAAUCACUAUAACAUUUAGUGAUUGAAAUAUUGAAAUUCCACUUGUAUCCAUCUCGUAUGUUUGAAGAAAAAAGUGAGAAAACCAAGCAACAAUAGUCAGUAUCAGUGUGCAUCAGAGUGUGUGUGUGAAGCUCGGAGAUACAUGUUUACAGCUAUUCCCUCUUAGGAGGUAAAUAACUAGUGCAUGGUUCUAACAUGGUUGAAUGGUAUAAGUACCACUAGUUCAUGUUGUUGUUUUUUUCCUUAAUAAGAGCAAAUUAUAAUCCAUAAAACACAGACUUGUAUUCAUCUAUACAGUUAAUGUGUGCAGGUCCUUAAAUACUGGGACAGUUGUACAGGCCAUGUACUUUUUUAAAUCUAUACAUAGACAUCUAUUCCAUAUUGAUUUCACUUGUCUACAGUAAUGAUGACUUGUUGAUUUCUCUAAACAGAGUUUAUAGUUUCACUUUUCUCAAACAUGAUCUAUAGAUUAUGUAUAAUAACCUGCUUUAUAUUUUUAUUUGAUAGAAGUGAUGUACAUUAUAGCACAGUAAUAGCAAUGCACUUCAGUUAAGUCUUUCCCACAGUUCUGUUAUGUACAUGCCUCCACUCAUAUUGAGCGCAACUGUAGAUGUAGUUUACAAGAGUAGUACUUCAGAAGGGGUAUGAAGAACUAGUGUGCACUGGUGAGUGUGAUGAGAUAUUCAGUCUCCCUGGUUGAUUGUUACAUAUGUCAAUUGAUUUUGUUCACCCACAAUGCACUUUUUUGUUUGAUUUUUGCCAUAAUGUAAUUAUUAAUAUGCCAAGAAUCAUGUAAUUAUUUAAUUAUUCAACAAAUUUAAGAGAUUAAAAUUCUAUAUUGA